AUGAAGCUCCUCUCUGCCGGCGCAGCGGCCCACGCCGCCGCCGCCAUUCUGCUCGCAUCCUCUGCCUGCACGCCACCCGCCGUCGCCAUCUCGCAACCGAUGCGCCAGGCCGUGCUCGAGGUGGCCGACGCCGCCUACCCAGUGGUUGCGUCAGUGCGAGCCGACGCAGCAGGGCCCUUCGCCGUGCAGGCCGCGGCGCUAUUCGCGGCCGCUUCGCCGCUGGAGGUGGCACGCACCGCCGAGAAGCUGUCCGACGCGCUGCUCUCCAUCCCGCCCGAACGACUCGACGCCGCGGCCGCCUCGUGGAAGAGUGCGUAUGCAGACGUGGCCCGCUCCUCGAGCUGCAACGUGCCGCUGCCGCCCACCGACGCCCUGCGUGUGGCGGCCUCCGCGUGGGACACCGCCGCCGCCUCGGUCGACCCCGCCAGCGUGGCGGCGGCGGCGCGGGUGGCGAGGCCGCUGCUGAGUGCUGUCGUCCGCAACGAGGAGGCCAUCUGCUUGCCGCCGCUGCCCGCAUUCGAGACUGCUGCGCUCGCGACGGCAGACGCGCUCGCAUCGGCCGACCCGGCCGCCCUGUCGGCGGCGAGCCGGCAGGCGCGCGCCGCGUUGGGGUCCGUGCCGCGCGCGCAGGCGAUGUCGGCGAUGCCGCAGAUGCAACAGCAGGCCACCCCCUGGCACUCCGGGGCGCAGGCGGCGAUUCGCGGCGUCGGCGAGGCGCGGGCCGAGCAGGCACGGAGGGAGGCGGAGGCGGCCGCGCCGAAAAGGUGCUUCACCAUGUCAUGCUACGACUACUCCCUCGACACGGGCAAGGGCCGCGGUGGGAUCGAGGGCUACUACAGGCCCCUGCCCGAUGUGUGA